UUCAAGGCAUCUCCAAGGCCCUUCGCCUCCAAAGACAAAAAUUCAAAAACCCUCUGAAGAGCUUUGGCGACAAUUGGCAGUUGAUUCUUGAGAGCGCGACUUAGAAGCGCAUAUGGAUUUUGUUUGGUAUGGAAUGGAACUAAUCACGCAAAAAGCAGAAGAAUCCAGGCAGGAUUACAACAACGCAAAAAUGAGCAGGAAUCCACACACAAACCGUUCGUUACGUUCUUUAUCAACUCCAAUUCAGAAUUUCUUUAUCCGCUUUGUCAACUCCAAUUCAGCAUUUCUUUAUCCGCUCUGUCAACUCCAAUUCAGAAUUUCUUUAUCCGGAUUUACAUUUGCUGGAUUGGGUGUCUGUGGGUCCUCUUUUCGAGUGAAGUACAAUUUGGGUUCUUUAGUUCUAGGGUUUUCAGUCUUGAUUGAGGGGAGAACUCUGUUUGCUGAGAAUGAUGGCUUCUGCUGCUGCUGCUGCACCUCUUCCAUCACAAAAGGAGCUUGAGGAGAUGCUCAUUGAGUCUGGAAUUGAGCUCUCUACACCUCCUUCAUCCACUGGCGAGCUUCUCAGCCUCCUUGAAAAAGCUGAAUCAGAACUGAAGAGCAUAGGGCAAGACCCUUCAGUGUCGAUGAGAAAUGUACUUGAGCCAAUUAAAAAAGCGCUGAUUGAAACGAAACUUCUGAGACAUUCUGAUAAAACCAUUGAGGUUUCUGUUGCAUCUUGUAUCUGUGAAAUUAUGAGAAUAUCUGCACCCGUUCUACCCUAUGAUAAUACAGAAAUGGAGGUCGUUUUCCAUCAGAUUAUAGCAUCCCUUGAAAAGUUAUAUGACAUUGAUAGUAACUACUACAGUAAGGCUCUGAGAGUUCUUGAAGCCGUUGCGAAGUACAGGUUGGGCGUGAUGCUAUUGGAUUUUGACUAUGUGUUAGCUGUUAACGUUUUCCAACUGUUUCUCAAAAUCAUCAGCUUCAACCAUACCGAUGCUGUAUUAAGAUACAUGGUAGACAUCAUGUCUCAACUCAUACAAGAAAGAGAUGAAGUCUCACUAGAUUUUCAAGUUUCCAUUCUUGAAAGCCUCAGAAAGGAAACUCUGGCUACUGCACCUUGUUCAAUGGUAUUGGGAAAAGAAGACUUGGAAAAGUGUGCUGCCAGAUUGAAGCCUUGUCUUUUAGAAUUAAUGACAAAUAUGAACAUGAAUUUGGAUGAUUAUUGCAAAGUACUUGGCUCAAUAUUGCAUGAAGUUCCUGAGGGAGAAAACAUGGUGGAAAAUGCUGGUUCUGUACCACCUAUAGAAGGAACAUCUGCACUUCAACUUCCUCAGGUACCACUACUGGAUGCCACUCCAACAAUGAAUAACAAUAACAAUAACCUGGAACCUGAUGGGUCAUUGAAGGCAUUAAACAUUCGCAAUCAGGCUGAACAGCUAAAAGAUACUGAUGCACCGUCUGAUCCCAUGCAUAAAAAUACAAAAGAGUUGCAACAACAAAUGGAUCUGAGUGCACUGUCAGAGAAGAUAAGACCUGAUAAGGGACAUGAUUCUUUUGGGAUGAACAAAAGCAAAUGCUCUGAUGAAGAACCUACUAUCAAGAAGGAACAAGAGAAGAAAUGUCCUUGCAAAAGGGGCCGACCAAAGAAGAAUCAGACAGGUCUCACCGUGCAAAAGAGAUAUGAAGGGACUAGGUCUGCCCAGAGAAAACUUAAAGAAAAGGAUUCUAAAAAGCUUCAUACUAUUAAAGAUUACGGAAAAGAGUUGGUAGGAGCUAAAGUCAAAGUCUGGUGGCCCCGGGAUAGAAGGUUUUAUGAGGGGGUGAUUUCUUCUUUUAACCCUAAGACAGAAAAGCACACGGUCAUAUACACUGAUGAUGAUGUAUAAAUCUUGAAUCUCAGAUGUGAGCGCUGGGAAUUGCUUGAAGAGGUUCCAGUCAAAGAAGUGAGUUAAAUUCCUACGUUGUACAUUAUCUAGUUAGCAAGCUAUGAUUUCUUGAAGAGGUUCUAGUCAAAGAAGUGAGUUAAAUUCCCACAUUGUAUAUUAUCUAGUUAGCAAGCUAUGAUUUUAUUGGUUAGCCAACUGCCUCUUUGUAACAUAACAUG